AUGGAAAUGGCUAUGAAACGCAACGACUGUACAGCACUAGUUGGUGAUUUGGCCUAUAAAGGUAAAGAAGGUGACAAGAAAUAUGUAUGGAUGCAGAUAGAAAAGGUUUAUGGGACCAUAACUAUAGACGACAUAUCGGAUUCAGACUUGGAUACGCUCAUAAAACUUACCGUUGAUGGAUGGCAACGUGAGAACUUUAUUCGUUAG